CUCUCCAUCCUGUCCAACGAGGUCCUGCUCACCUUCCCACACAGCUACUACAUGGAGUGGCUCAACGGCUCUCUCAUCCACGACUGGACCUAUGCACUGGCAUUGCAAUCAACUCGUCAGCCCCACAACCCUGUGGAGAGAUCCGGAAAGACGCACCGUUUUUGUAGCCUAUUUACAUGGAUAAAAGGAUGUAUUUCUCCAAAAACUCCUCUGUUAUUCCAUAACUUAUUCAUGGACAAACACCUAUGCACUAGAGUUUGAUUUGACGCCUUUUUGAUUUGACUAUUCACUGGGUGUCAGGCCUUCCUCUGGGUGCCUUUUCACUAUCCAUUAAGUGUAAUUGUUCUUUUUGUACACUCGUGUUUUUAUUUGAUGAGUUAUGGUUACAGACACUCUCCGCCUCCAUACACUCGUGUUUUGAGUGUAAUUCAUUUUCCAAAAAAGAGAGGGAAAAAAACACAUUUAAACAAAGUUGAAGAGGAAUUUGACUGGUAGCAUUUCAAAUCGAGGCCCUCCAGGUCCCUAACAUCCACAGUACUGUGUAACUGGUCACACUGGCGUGUAGGGAAUUAAGAGUAUGAAAAGCAUGCCCGUACCCCUGGCAGGUUUUGGUGUAGGGAUAUUACCAGACCAAGGUGAAUAAACUACUUCUACUGCUAAGUACUCCAGAGAAACUGCGCCUCCCUGUGGCUGACUGUGUUACAGCUUGACCUGGCUGUUUCGCAUUUUGUGUUGUCGUUUUUUUUUUUUAUGCGUUUUGUCCUCAGUAUAUUUGUGUAAUUUAUUCAAAUAUCAGCAUGCGACCGUGUUUUCCAAAUAAACAGUCUGAGGAACAUUUCUCCACCAGGCUUGUGGAACCUGGUCUUCCUCUUGUCCAACCUGUCCCUGGUGGUCCUCAUGCCCUUUGCCUACUUCUUCACCGAGUCGGAGGGCUUCGUGGGCUGCAGGAAGGGGGUGACGGCGCGGGUGUACGAGACGGCCGUGGUGCUGCUUCUGCUCAGCCUGCUGGUUCUGGGCAUGGUGUGGGUGUUCGUGGCCCUGCUUCACCGUUGCAGCGCCAGAGAGACCCUCUACGACCUGUGGGAGUGCUACCUGCCGUACCUCUACUCCUGUAUUUCUCUGUGUGGGGUGCUUCUGCUCUUACUCUGCACUCCUUUGGGGCUGUCACGUAUGUUCAGUGUCACCGGGAGGCUGCUGGUUAAACCACGGAUGUUGGAGAACGUAGAGGUGGACAUGAACUGUGCUGCGUUUGAGGAGGCUUCGCUUUCCAGGAAAAUCAACAGAGGCAGCACAUCCUGUUGGAUCAGUGUGAACGUGGAGCCGUUGAGAAUGCAGUUCCUCAGUGUCCAGGCCAAGCGCAUUGCCCUCGAGAUGCGCAGGAGAGCGUCACCCUGGCAACGGAACCUGUUCUACCCACUGGUCAUGAUCCUGCUCCUCGCUCUGACUGUGGUGUGUGUGUUGAUGGUGUGUUUCCACGUCCUGGAGCUCCUCUUCGACGAGACGGCCAUGCCCAGAGGAAUGGGGGACCCACGCUUCGGGACGGCCUCCUUCUCCAUGCUGGGGUCUCUGGGGGCAGCGGUGCAGGUGGUCCUCAUUCUCUACCUGAUGGUGUCGUCUGUGGUGGGCUUCUACAGCUCUCCUCUCUUCUGCUCUCUGCUGCCUCGGACGCAAGACACCAACCUCACACAGAUCAUUGGGAACUGUGUGUCCCUUCUGGUCCUCAGCUCAGCCCUGCCGGUCUUCUCCAGAACUCUGGGGAUCACUAGGUUUGACCUGCUGGGGGACUUUGGGAGGUAUAACUGGCUGGGGAACUUCCACAUAGUGUUUCUGUAUAACCUGAUGUUUGCCGGGCUCACCUCUGCCUGCCUCAUCAACACACUGACUUGGGCCGUCCAGAGAGAACUCAUGCGCGCCUUCGGUCUUCACAAGCUUCCUCUGACCGUGUCCCGCACUGCCGUCCCUCUCAAGCUUCUACUGGCCAAUGGCCUGUCAAAGAUCCAGUGACCCGCAUCUCCUGGACCAAUCUGCUGUCAUCUCUAUCCCCUGACCGGGCCCUAAGUGUCCUGGAGAGCAUUCCCACUGGACCAAAGGCACCUCCAGCCUAUCUGUGUCUGGUUCGACAGAAUGGACACUGGAGUGUAGGAUUCGAAGUGCAGCUUGGGGAAUGACAGAGGGGAGCGCUUCUCAUUGACCAAUUUCCUGUCAAUACAAGUUGACCUGGGGAGCCUACAUACACUGCCUAGUUGUUUGACUGUGGUUUUGGGGAUAUGUUGGGAGUCCCUGUGAGCAGUAAUCUGAGCCAGAAGUGAUGAUGGAAGAUUCAAAGGUUCAGGAACGGUUUUGCAAGUGAAAAAGGGAUAUCAUUGGUAUGAGGGUUUUUUGUUGACCUGGCAACAUUUAUACCGCACAUCCUGGAUGUCUCAAUGCCUUAUGGGAAAGCCAAAGUAAGCUUGAGGUGUCGAGGUGGGACUGACUUUGUGCUUGCGCACACGCGCGCGCGCGCGCGCGCGCACGUGUAAGUCCACUAAGCUAUUUUGGAACAUUAUGUUGUAACUGACUGUGACAACAUUUCCUUUUCCUGACCUGGGGGUUGAACGGUCUCUGGCUGUUGCCUCCCUAAUCCCUACACCUUCCUCUCUCACUCACGGUAGACCACUAUUUUUGUCCUGUGAAUCCCACUUCCAUGUCUUUUAAGAUGCCCUGUCUGUCAAAUGGGGUUGUUUGUUAAUGUCAAGGAUGUUUUUUAAACUGGGGAAGAGGGAUUACUCGUUUUAUUGACCUUGACCUUCCACGUACAGAAGGGAAUAGGACCGGGUUUUGUUCACUAGGUUAUGUUUUAGGUUUUUACAAGAACAAAGUCCAAUUGUUUUUUUGGCAGUUUUCUUCCAUCCGUGGCCUUAUGAUCAUGUGCCUGGGCUUGUUUUAAAUUAUUCAUUUGGAAUUAGUGAACAAUUUAUGGAACCUGAACACAAAUUAUUUUGUGUAAUGGCAUUUCUGUUUAGAUUAAAAAAUAAAAUAAAUUAUGGGGGGGUCACUACCGCCUUAAGCAGAUGUUAACUAAAUGCAAACUGACACUAAAUGUUGGUGUCUUGCCUUAGACUAAGCAUGCUGUGAAUUAUUUAAACAUUAUGUCCAUUUCAGAGUUUUUAAAUAUGAACAAAGUGCAAUACUGUUUACUGUCCACUAUCAAUUCCAAUAUGUAAUUGUUUUCGUCAUGAGUUUUAUCACAGUAAACCAAUUAGUCGUU